AAGAAUUCAAAUCCAUAAAGAGAUUCCAAUUUCUUCACUGAAAAGACUAUCAUGAGAUCUCAAUACAUUCUAGUGGGGCUCUUCUCUCUUGCCUUGUGUGUGAGUGCAAGAAAAGAUCAAGGGGAAUACUGGCAAGGUGUAGUGAAGGAUGAGGCAAUGGCUGUAUUAGUUGAAGGCCUUGUGGAUGCGAGUAAAGUUACUUCUCAUGUCCACACCAAGAAGAGUGAGUGUUCAGGCUUUCAUGCCAAACCCGAGCACAAGCACUCUUUCGUCAAAGACUUUGAGCCGAGGCCAAGUGCCACAGCUUAUGUCGAUGCUGUCAAGCAGACACAUGAGAACUCUUUUGUGAGAACAUUUGAGCCAAGGCCUAGUGCAACUGCUUAUGCUAAUGAUCUCAACCCUAAAGAUGAGAAAUCUUACAAGAAUGACUUUGAACCAAGACCAAAUGUUUCAGCCUACAACGAUGAUGUGAAACCGGAAGAUGAAAAGUCUUUUGUUAAGGACUUUGAGCCGAGACCUAAUGUCUCUGCCUACAACGAUGAUGUCAAACCGGAAGAUGAAAAGUCUUUUGUUAAGGACUUUGAGCCGAGACCUAAUGUUUCUGCCUAUAACGAUGAUGUCAAACCGGAAGAUGAAAAGUCUUUUGUUAAGGACUUUGAGCCGAGACCUAAUGUCUCUGCCUACAAUGAUGAUGUCAAACCAGAAAACAAGAAAUCUUUUGUUAAGGAUUUCGAGCCGAGGCCUAAUGUUUCAGCCUAUAAUGAUGAUGUCAAAUCAGAAGACAAGAAAUCUUUUGUUAAGGAUUUUGAGCCGAGACCUAACGUCUCAUCCUACAAUGAUGAUGCUGUUGGUGUGGGGGCAGAGAAGGCCUUCGACAGAGAUUUCGAGCCCCAGCCAAAUGUUUCAGUUUAUGAGCAGUAGAAAGUGAGUGUGAAAUGCAAUAGCUGCAUUUGAUGAAUAAAGUUGGGUAUGUUGUCUGUCUAUGUAUAAUACUUGAAACUGUCCAACUCUGAGUUACUUCAAAUUGUAAUGUGAAAGUUUAUGCAUUCCACUUAAUACAACUAUUGUAUGGCCUGAAA